AUGGGUGCCCAGUUCUCGCAGUUCUUCCCCCCACGCCCAACCUUCACCGGGAAGGACCUCCCACCCCAAGAAGACAGGGUCUUUCUCAUAACAGGCGGCACCUCCGGAAUUGGCUUCGAGCUUGCAAAGAUACUCUAUCGUCAUGGCGGCAGGGUCUACAUCACGGGGCGGACGGAGCAAAAAGCAAAGAGAGCAGUCAAAGCAAUUCAAGAUGCCGUGCCUGACCACAAAGGCUAUUUAGACUUUAUUGUCCUCGAACUCGAUGAUCUCAGAGGUAUCAAAGAGUCCGCAGAUGCGUUCAAAGAAAAAGAAUCAAAGAUUGAUGUCCUCUGGAACAAUGCUGGUGUAUCCCAGCCACCCCUGGGCAGCGUGUCAAAGCAAGGCUAUGAGCUUCAACUAGCAGUCAACUGCUUUGGCCCCUUUUUAUUCACGCAAUUGCUGCUUCCUCUACUUGAAGCAGCUACCUCGGCGUCUUCGUCUCCUGGAUCAGUGAGAGUAAUCUGGACAAGCAGUCAGGUGGCAGAGCUUUCCUCGCCUGCGGAGGGCAUCAUCAUAUCUGAGCUUACUACCCCGCCAAAGGACAAUGUUCGAAACUACCUGAACUCAAAAACAGGUAACUGGUUCCUGUCUGCCGAGUUCGCACGCCGAUACGGAAACCGCGGGAUUACCAGUGUCGCAUUGAACCCCGGGGCCGCAAACUCGGAUUUAUUAAAGAACGCAAAGUUGAUGAAACUGCUAUCUUAUCCCUUGCUACACAAGCCCGAGCGUGCCGCCCAUACAGAGCUAUAUGCCGGCCUUAGCCCUGACAUAUCUCUGCAGAAUAACGGCUGCUAUGUUAUACCCUUCGGUCGGAUCCACGAUAACGUGGCGGAGAGAUUAUUGACUGCGAUGAAAGUCGAAGAAAACGGCGGUACAGGAAGAGCGAAGGAGUUUUGGGAGUUUUGUGAAAACAGGGUCAGCGAUUACUCUUGA